AUGGUCAGUUAUGGCUUUUACACGAAGAAGGAACGGCGACAGGCCCGUCUGACUUCCAAGAAGCAUGCAGAAGUGGUAACCACCUUGCUCGCUGACUGGGAGGUGCUGCGUCGUGAUACCACGGAGACAUCUAAGAAGCAUGAGCUCGUGGACAAGAUGCUGGCUGCUGCUAAAACGAAGUUAAUGGAUCUAAGUCAAGCGCAUGACACCUCUCGCAUCAUCGAGUCAAUGCUGCAGCUGGGUACGGAGGCGCAACGAUGGGCCAUCUUUGCGGAGCUGAGGGACCGUCUGCGCUACCUCGCCAUGUCCCAAUACGGUAAACACGUCGUACUCAAGCUCGUCAACUAUGGCGCCAAGGAGCAUCGUCUCGAACUCUUUAAGCUCUUCCGAGGCUACGUUGUAAAGCUCCUGCGUCACAAGCACGCUGCUGAGGUUGUAGAGAUGCUCUACAACGACUACGCGACAGCGGCACAGCGCGCACUCAUUCUGCAGGAGGUCUACGGUCACCAAUUUGCCCUCCAACUCACUGCCAACAACGUACAGCGUCUUCAGCAAGCCCUCGACCUCAAUCCUGACAAACGAGCUACAAUAUUGGCCAACCUUAACGACCUCCUCGUCACCAUGGUCUCCAAGGGUCUCAUACGUCUAAGCAUUGUUCAACAUCUCCUAUUGGAAUACCUCACCGUCAUGCUCCAGUCCUCUGACCUCCUCAAAAUCCAGACAACCACUACUACUACUACUAAGCUCGUCCAGGACAUAACGGAUCCUACUACAGAGGAAACUCCGACUCCACGUCGCGAGGAGCGUCUCUCCGCUUUAGUCGAGGCAAUCCUCGAAUCCGGUAUCGUCUCAAUGCUGCAUACGCGCGAGGGCGUGAAAGCCGCCUUGGCGGUGCUCUGGAUCUGCCCACCAAAAGAACGCAAGACCCUACUCAAGUCAAUGCGAACCUGUAUUGUCUCAACUGCAGAGAAUGAGCAUGGACAUAUCUUCCUGAUGGGUCUUUUGGAUUCGGUAGAUGAUACAAAACUACUAGCGAAAACUAUUGUAAAGGAGCUAUUGGAGGAUCUGGAGGAUGUGGUUUGCCACCCGCACGCACGCAAGGUCCUUCUCUAUGCCUUGGCCCCUCGAGAUCCUCGUCACUUCGCACCUGCACUCAUCUCCGCCUGUCUGGCUGGUGGCGACGACUCACCUUUCACCAAGAAGCCUCUCGCUGUGCGGGCCAUUGAGCUGCGCGCACCACUAAUUGGUUUGCUGCCAGCCCUCCUCCGUCUAGUUACCGAACCGAUGGGGGAAGAAGAGGGGGUAGAAGUUGGGGACCCGCUGAUUCGCCUCUUUGUAGGCAGUGUGGAACACCCUGCACCACUGGUGGAUAGAGCUAGGGUGGUUCUGCUCGCGGAGAUACUCAUCCGAAGCUCCGCCUACGAACUUCAAUUCUCCACCGCAGCCAACUGCUUCAAACGCACCGGGAGCAGAGAGGCCGAACGUCUUGUCGCGAUAGACACGAAGUCCUCCUCCCUCCUCACCCCAGAGGAUCUGGCAGUGCUGCGGCAGGCGCGGACUCGCGCCCUGCGUCACUUCGUGACGACUGUGCUGGCCCAGCCCAACUUCCAGCCCAUCGGCAUACCGACACCCCCAUCCCACUUCUCUGCUUCGGUCGAGGCCAAGCGUAUGCUCCAGACACAGCGCAGGAAACGUGCUCUCGCGAUUGCUGAGGCGGAAGGUGUCAAGAAACGAAAAGUGACAGUGAAAGCCUUCACCAAUGUAGAUGAGGAAGAAGAUGGGAAUGAGAAGUUGGGAAAUGCAGCUGAACCAAUGGACACUUCGACUGCCGAUGACGAUACUCUCCCCGCAAACGCUCCCUUUCUGGAGCGUCUAGAGGGUCAACUGCUUGUCAGUCGACUGUUGCAGAAUGAAAAGAAGAGCGAUUCACACGAAUUUGCUCGUCUCGUGUGUGAACUGGUGCCGGAACAGACCCUGCAGGCUUGGCUAACAUGCAACCGGUCGUGCUUUGCUCUGGUCCACCUUUACGAAUUGAAUGACGAGGAGAUAUGCGAACGGUUGAGGAAGAAACGGAGGCGACCCAUAAAGAAGGUUGAUGGGACUUUUAACUACAAUCCAGAUGUUUACUGUGAUAAAUACGAUGAAAAUUCAGGCACCUGUCCUGAUGGUGAUGAUUGCCCCUACGCGCACCGGAACGCAGGAGACACGGAGAGGCGUUAUCAUCCUCGCUACUUCAAGACAGGAAAUUGCAUCUAUGAAACCACGGAGAGCGGUGCAUGUGUGAAAAAUGGACUUCACUGUGCUUUUGCCCACGGACCCGAUGACUUGCGACUGCCUGUAUACGAUAUCCGCGAAGUACAGGAUGCCUCUUCGUCCAAGGUUACUGUUAAUCUUCCUGCCAGUUUAGAGAAGGAACGGGUGCUAAGCGAGGACCCCACGUGGAACGAUAUGCUUCAUGUGAUGGCGCGCUACAAGACGGAGUCGUGUCGUAAGCCACCGCGAAUGUGCCGACAAGGAUACUCGUGUCCCUACUACCACAACGGGAAGGACAAACGGCGAAUGCCUGAGCGCUACUUCUACCGUAGCACACCGUGUCCUGCUGUACGACCCGCGGACGAGUGGCUGGACAGUGCACUUUGUGACGCCGGUGAUGCGUGCACCUUCUGUCACACUCGUACGGAACAGCAGUUCCAUCCCGAGACUUGGGCUUUCAUCAUCGUAAGAGCUGUCAUCGAUGUAGGUGUUGGGAUCCUUAAAAUGCGCCCUGUCUCGAGGUAUGUUCUUGGACUCAUUUCGAGAUACUUCCUCUCUUUCUGCUUCCUCAAACCGUUGACUUUCAUGGAUUUAGUGAUGUCUUCCAGUCUAAUGUCCAUCUACAAGUCCACCAAGUGCAACGACGUCCUGAAUUCAGGAUACUGCCCCCGGGGUCCUUUCUGUGCCUUCGCGCACGCCGACUCUGAGAUGACCCUGGGUCGCACCUUCCUCCAGUCGGCCCCAGCAGCGAGCUGCGGGCUGUCCGCUUCAUCGCCACGGCAGCACGACGCCUCCCCUGUCUCCUCCUCCACCUCGGCCUCCUCCUCGGGCGUCUUUUCUCCGGGCAUUCGGUCCUCCGUGCCCGCUCUCACAUCGCUUCAGGCCUCGCACACUUACCCCACAGGUUGUCCGAAACGUGGUGGCUAUUGGUCGUGGCGGUGGUGGUCCCUUCGUCUUAGAGACUCGGGCAGCGCAUGGUUUAAGUCUCUAGGCGGCCAAAAACUGCGGAUGCGUCACCGCAGCGGCGGUGCAGCCGGGUCGGCAGAUAGCGGGGGCUUCGGUGGGGCCACUUUUGAUCUUCAGGAUACCACACCACCACCGUCGGUAGCAGCUGUAGCGGGAGCACCUGCGCCACCAACGCAACCGUCAAUGCUCCCACACUUCCCCCUCUUCUCACCUCUGAUUGGAGCUUUCGGCCGUGGAGCAUUCAAUACGGCGACUAGAACCACGGCCACUGGUGGCACCGCCUCCACUAGCACCGCUUCCACAGCUGCAGGGACUGCACAACAACAAGGUUCGGCGGCUCGAAGAAAGGUGUCCAUGGAAGCAAAUAAGUUCCCGCGAAUGAGAUUGGAAAGCUGCGGAUCCAUGCUAGAGAGCUACGCACGAGGAUUCACAACUCCAUCAUCCUCCUCCUCAUCCCUGACCAAUCAGCAACCGGGACAGCAGCAGCAACAUCAACAACAACGCACCGGGUGUGUUCGUAGCCUUGGCAAGUGUUCACCACAACCGGUCACACCCUCCUCCUCGUCAUCCAUUUCCUCUAGCAUGCCAACGACCUUCAAGAGCCUCCCACCUUGGUGGGCUGGUGCUGAAGUGAGCGAGCGUCAACAGCAACAACAGCAGCACCAUUUGCACCACCCGGAUAAUGAGUAUCUCAAUUCUCUGGUCACUGAAGAGUUGCGAACUCAACUUACGGUCAGCACAAGUCCUGAGGAGUCGCAUCAACAGCAACUUAUCAAGGACUUCACUCAAUCGCCGUUGAGCUGUCUCCUACGCCAGGUGCAACUCUCAAACCAGCAGGCAGCGGCAGGAGCUGCUUCGACACUGACGGGGACCAAACGAGGUUCGGGGCUGUUUGACGACGAUCCGCUGGGCGUGGUGACCGCCUCACCCCUUGCCAGUCCUCGUGGGGCCCCCGCCGUUCCUCCACCAUCGCAUCAGCCUUCCACCGCCGUUGCCGUUGCCGCUGCCACUACCGCUACCUCUGUCUCGGGCUGCUCCGCCUCCGCACCCGUCUGCAUUCCAUCUAAUGGUGGCAAUCGUGGAGACAUCGAGGCCUUUGAUUUUCCUUGCAGUCGUCAACUCGGUUUAGAGAAACUGGAAGUAGUCGAGCGUAGUGCUACGACGUUGGUCUUGGAUGAGGCCAAGUUUGUCAAUGAGUCAGGCAGUUAA